CACCUGGAAGAAGAAUCAGAACAAGAGCUUUCUCAACAGGUUCUUACUGCGAGCUCGCUUCUGGAAAAAUCCUUGAAAUCUGUGCAAAAGCGGGGAAAACAAGAAUUUUCUCAAGAGAUUGUUGUAGAGAAUUCGCAGCUUGAGUAUUCAAAGCAUGUGACAGGCAAGAAGCUUCCUCCUGGAGGGAUGCCCAGCCCUGAUGUAUCAGAUCCUAAACAGUUCUCAGAAUUUGCUAGAAAGAAGCCCACAAAAAAUAAGAAAUAUGAUGCUCCUGAAAGAAUUGUUUGUCCUCAGAGUGGGUGCACAAAGAAGUUAAGGAAUAGAGCUUCCCUGAGAAAGCAUCUCCUUGUUCAUGCUCCCCGAGAUCAUGUAUGUGCAGAAUGUGGGAAAGCAUUCAGUGAGAAAGCAAAACUAAAAAGACAUUUUCUGGUUCAUACUGGAGAGAGGCCAUUUCGGUGCACUUUUGAAGGGUGUGGAAAACGCUUUUCCCUGGACUACAAUUUGCGUACCCAUGUACACAUCCAUACUGGGGAGAAACGUUUUGUGUGUCUCUUUGAAAGCUGUCACAAGAGGUUUGUCCAGUCAAAUAAUAUGAAAGUUCACAUCUUAACUCAUACAAAGACCAACAAUAAUCAGUGA